UGACUCUUCAUGUCAUGUGACUUUUUAUGGCGUCGCGGUGAAUGGAGCAAAUACAGGAUACAAACACACUUCCAAUAACGCUAUAUUACAACGUUUAAAAUAAUUCUGGCCAAACCUGACAGUCUCUGACAUCGUUAAACCUCAGCUGCGAAUCACACGUGUGGACAAUGGGCCUGGAUCCUACGUCUCUACGUUUAGACCAACAGUUAAUUGGUUUCAUGGAUCAGCUUGAGAUUUUGGAGGUGAAAAGACAAAAACUUAACACGCUCAUAGAAGAGGGAUGGUUUAACAUUUCUAAAGCCAGGUACUCAAUGGGGAACAAACAGGUCUCAGCCCUGCAGUAUGCCAGUGAGAUGAAACCACUUGUACAUGUCUAUACCAGCCGGUCAGAAAAGGGUGAAGCAGAGUUCAAGUGUGAGCGAGUAAAUGAGAAACAGGAAGAACUAAAACAGAGUGAUACAGUAGACACCAUAGGACCAUUAGAGGGAGGCCUCAGAAGACGAGUGAAUGUUAAAAAGAAGGAAAAUCAGGAAGAAAAAGAUCCUUCUGAAAAUGAAUGCGAGACUGAACCUCAGUUUAUUUCAAACAGUGAAAAAUCUCCAUGUCCGCAUCAAGAUCCUUUGAAAUGGUUUGGGAUUCUUGUCCCACAAAACCUUAAGCAAGCUCAGGUGGCUUUUAAAGAAGUCAUUACUCUAGCAGCUGAGAUCGCAAGCCUGCAAAGUGCGAUUAUAAAUACUAGAUUGAAGAUGCAGACUCAGAUGAAGGAUAAGCAGAAGACUGUCUCUGAAUUGGAAGAAUAGCACAUCACACAUGAUUGCUUUGUUUUGUAUGUGUGGACUGGGGGGCGUUGUCUAACAUUAGCUGUGAGCAGAAAAAACGCAGGUCUGAUGGUCCAGACUGAAAUGAUGACUCUGGAUAAUUGAUGGAUUACAGCACGGCCUGUACUAGAUAAUUUUUCUGCUUGUGCUCAGUUGGGAUGUAAACAAUAACAUCCUCGAACUCUGACAACAUCAGUACUAUGUGCUGAGUAUCUAGAGUUGUCAUCUCAAUCUUAGCCAUCAUAUACAAAUUUUCUCCUGCUUUUGUCUACAGCUCAACUACAAUGAUUUGUAUGUACUAUAAUGUGAGUGAUUCCUAACUCAAACAAAAACAGUCUUGCAAUAUCUUUUAAAUAUGGUUAUACAGGGCAUGUUUUGAUUGGUAAAUAUUUUAUCGAUGUGUAUGAUGCAUAAUGUUAAAUAUUAAAAAAAUAAAAUAUCAGAUGCAUUGACUGCUUUCAAAAUACUGGUACUGGCAUCAGUUUAUAGAAACUCUGGCCAUCUACGGGAAUGACGUUUCACAUUACGAAUACUGUAUGUCGGUAUAAUUUAAUUUACAUUUGAUGUGUAUAUUUAAUUCGAAAUGAUUGAACACGUGUUGUGUUCUGCCCAAUCACAAUGUAAUGUCAAGCGAGUGUUGUCCAAUCAGAGCAGCUAAUCCUAAAGGAAGCCCUCCCAUUAUUUUCAUGUUAAAGCGAGGAUCUUUUAAAUAAUGCUUAAA